AAACACAUAUCGAAAAUAUGACAUGAACAUUGGAUAACGAUUCUACAUAAAGGAUACAUUAUUUACAUAACUACAAGUAUAGUUCACAGAUAAUUUACAAUGAGCAAGAAGAGAAGACAAAAGAGACAGAAUAUUAUUCACAAGGUGCGAACAUGAGAUGACGGAUUCGGAUAAAGGUAUCGGGUGGAUAAUCCCAAGUAAAAUUUGUGUACAAAAAGAUGUGACAGUGAACUUGCGUGGUGCAUACACAAAAGGCGUCGUGCAAAAAGCAUUGGACGCUUUGAGCGAAAGUGGCAAAAUAAAAUGUAAAUUGUAUGGAAAACAGAAAGUUUACGCUGCCAUACAAACUGAUAAAGUCGAAGGAGACAGUGAUGUACAAGACUAUGAUGCCCAGAUGAAAGUCCUAACAGAGAACCUAUCCAAGACUACAGAGACCCUAAGAACAGCAGAAGUAACCCUCAAAGGGCUGACAGCAACACCAACCAGUGCCGCAGCCAAAUGCCAAAUUGAAGAAAUAAUGAAAACAAUUGACAAUCUAGAGAAGAAGCUGGCCACAUUGAAGGACUCUAAGGAAGUUGUCAGUGCUGAGGAGAAAAAGGCUAUAUUGGGCGAACAUGACAAACUUUUGAGGGAAUACAGGAGACGCAAAAGAAUUUCAUCCGACAUGCUUGAAACAAUAUUAGAAGGCUACCCUAAACCGAAGAAGACUUUAUUAGAAGAAUUGUGCUUGGAAACUGAUGAGAUGGUGAAUUUCAAACUCACAUCAAACACAUAAAAAUACUCUUUAAAAUACCUAAGUGAUUCAUGUAAAAUGGCCUUUAUAAAUUUGUUGAUUAAUAAAAUAAUGGUAUGCAAAUUUA